UUUUUCACCAGGUCCCACAUCUUCUGAUUGUACAUGAACGCAGCACUUCUGGCAGACUCUGUUUGCCUGCACAGUCAGCAUCACCUGCAGCUCAAACCAGUCCUGUUCGGCCAACAUGCCCGUAGAUUUGAGCCAGUGGACCGGGCCUCUCGCCCUGCAGGAGGUCGAGGAAAAACCUGCAAAGCCUAUGACUGUUAAAUACGGAUCCGUGGAAAUCGACGAACUCGGCAAAGUGCUCACGCCAACACAGGUGCAGGAUCGACCCACCUGUCUGGAGUGGGAUGGAUGUGACUCCGGUAAACUGUACACUCUGGCCCUGACCGACCCCGAUGCUCCCAGCAGGAAAGACCCCAAAUUCAGGGAGUGGCAUCACUUUCUGGUGGUCAACAUGAAAGGAAAUGACGUCUCCUCCGGCUGCGUCAUGUCAGACUACGUUGGCUCCGGUCCCCCUCAGGGUACAGGUCUCCACAGGUACGUGUGGCUGGUGUACGAGCAGCCGAGCAGUCUGUCCUGCUCCGAGGCCGUCCUCACCAACCGCUCCGGAGACGGCCGCGGCAAGUUCAAGAUCCAGAGCUUCAGGCAGAAAUACAAACUGGGAGCCCCAGUGGCCGGGACCUGCUACCAGGCAGAGUGGGACGACUACGUCCCCAAACUGUACCAGCAGCUGGCUGGAAAAUAAAAGAAGAAAAGACUCGACGUGACAGCUUUAAGCACUAGGAAUUCCCACAGAGGCUUUUUGAUCUGUAGGAUAUUCCCACUCCUGCAAGAAGCAAAAAACCCCCCCCCCCCCCCCCCCCCAACUGUAGCAAAGCAUUUAUUUUUGUGAGUGUGCCACCGAAUAGUAUUUUCUUCCCAUUGUUGCCUUCGCCUUUUUAACCCACGCACUGACAAAAAUAACAUCUCCUCUGAAUGACGUCAUCUGCACAAUAAAACCUGCUAAAGACUGA